GUGUAAUCACAAACAUAUAUUAUUUUUUUUUUUUCGACAGUAAAAAUACAUGUCUUUGAUACAUUGAAUUGUCACCUUCAACUGCUGAAACAAUCAAAUAACAUUAAUCAUAUAAAAAAACCAGAAAAACAAAGCAAAAAAAAAAAUAAAAAUCACGUCAUAAUGUCUAUUUUGAGGUUAUAUUGUGACUUGUGUGAUAAGAAGUGUGUUUAUUUGUAAAUGAGAGGAUGUGAUGAAGCAAAAAAUUCCAACAUUGUUCAAUAACACUUAAAAAAUUAUCAUAAUAUCUUAUAAUCAAUGCAGUAAUUGAAUAAACUAGGUGAAAAAUAAAUAAAAAUAAAAAACUAAAUGAAUAUAAAAUCUACCAACAAGUUGAUUGAAAUAUAUUUCGAGUAAAUUAAAAAAAAAUAAUCAUGGAUAAUCAUUUGUUGAAAGAAAGAAUGAUGAGUUUUGCAAAUGUGGUUAUGAGAGUACCACUAUUAUUUAUAAUUGAUGAAUUAUUAAGAAUAAGUCUUGGUAUGCCAAUAAAUACAGUUGUAUUAAAUGAAACUCAAAGUACUUUAAAUAGUGGUGUUGGUGUAAAAAAUUUAUUUGUUGAAUCAUUUGCUUCUGUAUCAUCAGAGCCAUAUUUAUUUCAACAAUUUAAUAUUAAUUCAUACAUUUAUCAAACUUAUGUAUUGGCAAUAUUUAAAAUAUUCAUUUGUUGUUUUGGUAUCGUUGCAUCAUUGUACACAUUUAUGUUAUGGACAAAACAUCUUAUUGUUGUUUAUUUAUAUUUCAUAUCAAUUGGUACAAUAUUUGUUUCAUACUGGUCAAAUGUCAGUACAAUUAAAGCCAUAACAACAUAUGUUAGCUCAUUUGAUACACAAACAAGUAUACUUGAUGAUAUAUUAGGUCUUAAUUAUUCACAAUUAAUUAAUUAUGGUCCAGGUAUACUUGUUAUACAAAAUUAUUUACUUCAAGGUGUGUUGGGAUUUUUUUUUUGUUAUUUACAUCUUGGACCAAGAUAUCCAAUAUUACAAAAAUUAUUGGCUCUAAGUUUUUUGGCUCCAUCAAUAUUAGCAAUUACUCCAUUACCUACAAAUGUCCUCCAUCAUAUUCCAGUCUUCGCAGCAUUACUUCCAUUAUUAAUAUGUAAAUUUGUAUUAUGGUACAAUAGCAUUGUCAUGCUUAAAAUAAUGCAUAAUGGUUAUAAAAAUACGCAUAAUUUUAUAAAUAAUUUUGGUUUAUCAGCACUUGCUGAAAUUGAAUGGAUACGUUUAGAUGUACCAAAUGUAUUACGUACAUUUUGGAUGUUACGUGUUAUUGAACAAGUUAUACAAAUACUUAAUAAUCAUUAUGGUGAUGAAACAUUAACAAUAUAUAUGAUAUUAAGAACAUUACUUGUUAAUGGUUGUGAAACAUUAAUUGCUGUACUUGGUAUGACAAGUAUAAUAUCAUAUAUUUGUCAUUAUAUUGGUUGUUUUUUUCAAUGGAUAUUAUUAACACAAGAUGAAGAUGAAAAAAGUAUUGGUACUGUAUCAGCAAUAUUAUUUUAUAUACUUGCAUUACAAACAGGCUUAACAUCACUUGAUAAAGAAAAACGACUAAUACGUUUAUGUCGUAAUUUUUGUCUUUUAUUUACAGCUGUAUUACAUUUUGUUCAUAAUAUUGUUAAUCCAUUAUUAAUGUCAUUAAGUGCAUCACAUAAUCGUGCAUUUCAUCGACAUAUACGUGCAUUAUCUGUAUGUGGAUUUUUAAUAAUAUUUCCAACUAUAUUAUUAAUAUUUUUAUGGUCACAAUUUACCAUAAGUACAUGGUUAUUAGCUGUAUCAAUAUUUAGUAUUGAAGUUAUUGUUAAAGUUAUUGUUUCAUUAUCAAUAUAUUCAUUAUUUUUAUUUGAUGCAUAUAGAUCAACAUAUUGGGAACAACUUGAUGAUUGUGUUUAUAUGAUUAAAUCAUUUGGUAAUACUGUUGAAUUUGCAUUUGGUAUUGUAUUAUUUUUUAAUGGUUUUUGGAUAUUAAUAUUUGAAUCUGGUGGUGCUAUUAGAGCAAUUAUGAUGGGUAUACAUGCAUAUUUUAAUAUAUGGAAUGAAGCUAAAGCUGGAUGGAGUGUAUUUAUGAAACGUCGUACAGCUGUUAAUAAAAUUAAUUCAUUACCAGAAGCUAAAACAGAACAAUUACGUUUGCUAGAUGAUGUUUGUGCAAUAUGUUAUCAAGAAAUGAAAACAGCUAAAGUUACUAGUUGUAAUCAUUAUUUUCAUGCUGUUUGUUUACGUAAAUGGCUUUAUGUACAAGAUCGUUGUCCAUUGUGUCAUGAUAUAUUAUACAAAGUUGAUAAUAAUGAUAAAAAAAAAGAUGAAGAAAUUGGACAUCGUUCAGUUGAUGAUGUUAAUAAUCAAUAUGAUGUUGAUGAACAAGAACAACAAAGUUGUAGCAGUAGCUGUAAUAGUAGUGCUAGUAGUAGUAGUAGUUGUGAUGAAGACAGUGAUGAACGUGAUGGUAUGCUUAUACAUAAUGAUAAUAAUAAUAAUAGUGAACAAGAAAAUCAAGAAAAUGAAGAAUCUUAACGUGUUAAAUAAAUUUAAAUAUUAAAUAAAUAACAAAAUAUUAUAAUAAAUUGAAUUAAUGCUAUAAAAUUCACCAUUCCAAGGUGAAAAAAAAAAAAAAACUUUUAAAGUCAGACACCAUCCUGCAGUCUUGACAAUGUGAUAAUUAAUUAAUGUCUUUGUACAAAUAAUUAAUUAACUAGUUUCAUUAUUGAGGUUUUAUUUUAUAUACCUCAUUUUUUUUAAAAAAAUUAAUUUUUCUUCUUCGGCAGAAUAAAUACUUUUUCCAUGAAUAUUUUUUCUUAAUUAUAGUUGUAUAAUAAAUUAUAGUAAAUUAAUUUAAUCAAUUUUUUUUUCUUAAAUUAUAAAUAAUUAUAUGAAUUUAAUAAAUACUUGGUAGUAUAAAUUUUUUUCUUUUGAAUAAUUAAAUUUUAUAGUAAAACAGCUAAAUAUUAUUGUUAAAAAUUAGCAUUCAAAUAUUUGAUUGAUUAAAAAAUAUAGGAGAAAAAAAAAAAGCGCUAAGUUUUAUUGACUUAUUUUUUUUUAAAAAGAUUAAUUGUAUAUUAAUGAAAUAACGCACUUUAAAAUGACGCUAAAAAAAUAUCCAAAAAAUAAUUAUUUUAUUUAAUAGAUUAUUUUAUUUUAUUUAAAGAUAAAUUUACAAUUUUUAUUUUUAUUCUUGAUAUCUAUUGUUUAUAAUAUUCUUAUUCUGUCAAUAAAAAUUGUAUAAAUUUCAUUGAAAAUAAAUUUAUUUAAUGUAAAAAUGUAACUAUUGUUUAAUAAUUUUUCAACUCUAUUUAUGAAAUAUUUAUACUCAUUAGUUAUUGAUAAUAUUACGUUGGAUAAUUAUCAGAGUAAUUUUAUUUCUAUCAUGGCACUUUUUUUAAUUGGAUGAAUUUAAUUGGGUAGACUAAUUUUGUCAUUACAAUGAGUCAAAUACAAACUAAAGGAUAAUGAAUAAAAGAUGAAUAAUAAUUAUAAAAAAAUUAUGCAAAUUAAUUGUAAUUUUUUUUUAAGUUUUAAUUGUUUUCCUUUAGCAAUUAAAUUGUUAUUGAAAAUAAUCAAAGUCGAAAAAUAAACCUGUUAUCUGUUUUCGCAACUGAUCAAUAUCAAAUUCUGAAGUUUAAAUUCCUUUUUUUUUUUUGUCAAUGAAAGCAAAAAAAAAAAAAUUGGAAACUCUUUAAAAUUUUAUCCAACAAAUCCACCAGCUAAUAAAAAUAUUUUAACAAAUGAACUGUAAUUUAUUUUUUUAUUUACAUGUUCAAAAAGUUUUACUUUCACUGUCCUUAAUUUUUAUU